AUGUCGCCUUUCUCUUUGUCUUUCUCCCCUCCUGGUGGGGGCCCCCCACAUCAGCUCCUAGGGGCCCCCCCUGCUGCUGAGGGUACACUUUGUUUUCAUAUAAAGUCUCACGAGGGUACGGGAGACGACUCCCCCCUCUCUGCUGCUGCUGCUGCUAGCCCAGCAGCAGCAGCAGCAGCAGCAGCAGCAACAGCAGCAGCAGAAACAGAAGCAGCAGCAGACGAAGACCGCUGUACUCUCGUCUGUGUUCAUGUACCCUCUUUGACAGUACCAUACCCCCCAGGGGCCCCCGGGGCCCCCGGGGCCCCCGAGGCCCCCGGGGGGGGGCCCCCGGGGGCCCCCGACCAGGGGGCCCCCCACCCCCUGUCUGAAGAGGUACAGGAGGAGGAGGAGGGGGCCCCCACCCCUUCUGUCUCUUCUGCUCGUCUUGAGUUUUUUCUGUCUUCUCCUUCUUACCCUAACCACAAACACAAACACAAACAAAAAAAAAAAAUAGAGGCCCUGCGUAUACAGCUACUAAACAACACACAGGUGCAGCAAGCACUAGCUAGGGGGGCCCUAGCUGGAUGGUCUCGGUACCCUGCUGCUGCUGUCUCGGUAGAAAAGAUAGAGGGGGGCCUCAGCAACCAGCUCUAUCUCUUGCAGCUCAACCCUGAACAGGGGGCCCCCCCCGAGGGGGGCCCCCAUGAGGGGGGGGCCCCCGAGGGGGGCCCCCAGGAGGGAGAAGAGGGGGGCCCCUCGAGCAUAAAAACAAGAAAGGCAUUGCUUCGGGUGUAUGGACACCAACAGGGUACGGCUUUGUUUAGCUCGGCGAUGGAAAGGAGACUGUUUAAAACCCUAGGGAGACAGGGGAUUGCACCCAGGUGUUUAGCAGAGUUUGAGGGCGGGAGAAUAGAGGAGUACUUGGUGGGGUCACCGCUAACAACAAAAGACCUCACCGAUGUGAAGAUGCUGGAAAAGGCAGUCAAAGCUAUAGCCUCUUUCCACACUGUCCCCGUUCCUUCUUUUUUGCCUCCCGCUCGUUGUCUCCUAUCUCCUCUGCAGGGUACCAGUACCCUAAGCAGCCGCAGCAGCAGCAACAGCAGCAUCAGCAGCAGCAGCAGCAGCAGCAGCAGCAGCAGCUGCAGCAGCAGAUGUAUUUCUGAAGGUUGCAGCUGCUGUCUCUGCAGACUCAACUCCUGGGGCUGCAUGGCUCACGAGGCCCUCGAGGUGGUACUCGAGGGGGCCCCAGUACCCUCUUCUCACUCCUCUGGGGGCCCCCCGGGGGCCCCCACCCCGGGGGCCCCCCAGGGCCCCCAGGCGGUGGGGGGCCCCCAGGGGGACGGGGGGGCCCCCCAGGCGGUGGGGGGCCCCCAGGGGGACGGGGGGGGCCCCCAGGGGGGCCCCCCUGGUGAUGAUAUGAUGGAGGUGACUGUAAGGAAGCUAAGAAGUUUAAAUAUAAAUGAAUAUAUAAAGGAGGGGGGGUGGCUAGUAGAGAAGAUAGAAGCUGCUGCUGCUGCUGAUGGGGUGUAUAUGCGGCAGCUGCAGCAGGAGGUGCAGCAGGAGCUGCAGCAGGAGCUGCAGCAAGAAGAAAACGAAGAAAAAAAAGAAGAAAUUAGGCCACAAUGA